UCUAGAACGUUGCUGUGGUAGCGCUCGGGCGCCAUGUUAGGACGAAGGGGAAGGAGGAGAAGCGCUUAAAGCGGCGGGAGCGGGUGCGGGAGUGGGGUUGGACCCAGGGCUGCGGCAGGCCCCCCUCCCUCCCGCCUCAGUGGAUCAUGCCCAGGGCGGCAGCGGCGGCGGUUGCGGGGGGGAAGUGACUGGGCGGUGCCGGCGCAGGAAACGAUGCCGUUUCCAGUCACAACGCAGGGAUCACAGCAGACACAGCCGCCGCAGAAGCACUAUGGCAUCACCUCUCCUAUCAGCCUAGCGGCCCCCAAGGAGACGGACUGCCUGCUCACACAGAAGCUGAUUGAGACUCUGAAGCCCUUCGGGGUUUUUGAAGAGGAAGAGGAACUGCAGCGCAGGAUUUUAAUUUUGGGAAAAUUAAAUAACCUGGUAAAAGAAUGGAUACGAGAAAUCAGUGAAAGCAAGAAUCUUCCACAAUCUGUAAUUGAAAAUGUUGGCGGAAAAAUUUUUACAUUUGGAUCUUACAGAUUAGGAGUACACACGAAAGGUGCCGAUAUUGAUGCAUUGUGUGUUGCACCAAGACAUGUUGAUCGAAGUGACUUUUUCACCUCAUUCUAUGAUAAAUUGAAAUUACAGGAAGAAGUAAAAGAUUUAAGAGCUGUUGAAGAGGCAUUUGUGCCAGUUAUCAAACUGUGUUUUGAUGGGAUAGAGAUUGAUAUUUUAUUUGCAAGAUUAGCACUGCAGACUAUUCCAGAAGACUUGGACUUACGAGAUGACAGUCUGCUUAAAAAUUUAGAUAUACGAUGCAUAAGAAGUCUUAAUGGUUGCAGGGUAACCGAUGAAAUUUUACACCUAGUACCAAACAUUGACAACUUCAGGUUAACUCUGAGAGCUAUCAAACUGUGGGCCAAACGCCACAACAUCUAUUCCAAUAUAUUAGGUUUCCUCGGUGGUGUUUCCUGGGCUAUGCUAGUAGCAAGAACUUGCCAGCUUUAUCCAAAUGCAAUAGCAUCAACUCUUGUACAUAAAUUUUUCUUGGUAUUUUCUAAAUGGGAAUGGCCAAAUCCAGUGCUAUUGAAACAGCCUGAAGAAUGCAAUCUUAAUUUGCCUGUAUGGGACCCAAGGGUAAACCCCAGUGAUAGGUACCAUCUUAUGCCUAUAAUUACACCAGCAUACCCACAACAGAACUCCACGUACAAUGUGUCCGUUUCAACACGGAUGGUCAUGGUUGAGGAGUUUAAACAAGGUCUUGCUAUCACAGAUGAAAUUUUGCUGAGUAAGGGAGAGUGGUCCAAACUUUUUGAAGCUCCAAACUUCUUUCAAAAGUACAAGCAUUAUAUUGUACUUCUAGCAAGUGCACCAACAGAAAAACAACGCCUAGAAUGGGUGGGCUUGGUGGAAUCAAAAAUCCGAAUCUUGGUUGGAAGCUUGGAGAAGAAUGAAUUUAUUACACUGGCUCAUGUGAAUCCCCAGUCAUUUCCAGCACCCAAAGAAAAUCCUGACAAGGAAGAAUUUCGCACGAUGUGGGUGAUUGGGUUAGUGUUUAAAAAAACCGAAAACUCUGAAAAUCUCAGUGUUGAUCUCACCUAUGAUAUUCAGUCUUUCACAGAUACAGUUUAUAGGCAAGCAAUAAACAGCAAGAUGUUUGAGGUGGACAUGAAAAUUGCUGCAAUGCAUGUAAAAAGAAAGCAACUCCAUGAACUACUACCUAAUCAUGUGCUUCAGAAAAAGAAAAAGCAUUCAACGGAAGGCGUCAGGCUGACACCUCUGAACGAGAACAGCCUCGACUUGUCUAUGGACAGUGAUAACAGCAUGUCUGUGCCUUCACCCACUAGUGCUAUGAAGACCAGUCCAUUGAACAGCUCUGGCAGCUCUCAGGGCAGAAACAGUCCUGCUCCAGCUGUAACGGCAGCAUCUGUGACCAACAUACAGGCUACUGACGUUUCUGUGCCACAGGCAAAUUCCAGCGAAAGCUCAGGGGGCAAGGAGAUCGGCUUGACAGGUGCAUCGAGUGAAAACAUCCCUCAGACGGCCACACAACCAGCCAUUUCAUCACCACCAAAGCCUGCGGUCUCCAGAGUUGUUUCUUCAACGCGCCUGGUGAACCCGUCACCGAGACCUUCAGGAAACGCAGCAACAAAAGUACCUACUCCUAUGGUAGGAGUCAAAAGGAGAUCCUCGCCUCACAAGGAAGAGAGUCCCAAGAAAACCAGAACAGAAGAGGAUGAAACAAGUGAAGAUGCUCACUGUCCUGCUUUGAGUGGACAUGAUAAAACAGAAACAAAGGAACAACUUGAUACAGAGACAAGUACAACUCAAUCAGAAACUGUUCAGACAGCGGCUUCUCUGUUGGCCUCUCAGAAAACAUCCAGUACAGACCUUUCUGAUAUCCCUGCUCUCCCUGCAAAUCCUAUUCCUGUUAUCAAGAAUUCAAUAAAACUGAGAUUGAAUCGGUAAAAACAA